GGGGGGUCGCGGGGGUCCGUAGGGUCGGGGGUCGCCCCGGGGGCCCGGCCAUGGCCUCGGUGCCCGUGUACUGCCUGUGCCGCCUGCCCUACGAUGUGACCCGCUUCAUGAUCGAGUGCGAUGGCUGCCAGGACUGGUUCCAUGGCAGCUGCGUGGGGGUGGAGGAGGAGGCGGCGGCGGAGAUCGACCUGUACCACUGCCCCCAGUGCGCCGUGCUCAGGGGGCCUUCUGUCAUGAAGCGGCGCCGUGGUCCGGCCAAGGCCCCAGAGCAGGAUCCCGGCCGUCCGGCCCGCACGGGCAGUGCCCAGUUCAUCCGGGAGCUGCGGGGCCGCACCUUCCCCAGUGCGGACGAGGUUCUGCUCCGGCCCAGCGGGGCCCAGCUGACCGUGGAGUACCUGGAGGAGAACAGCUUCAGCGUGCCCAUCCUGGUGGCACGGCACGAGGGGCUGGGCAUGACCCUGCCCCCCUCGUCCUUCACCCCCCGCGACGUCCUGCACCACGUUGGAGCUGACAAGGUGGUGGCCGUGCUGGACGUGGGCCGCCAGGCCGAGCUGCGCAUGCGCCUCGGGGACUUCGUGGCCUACCUGGGGGGGCCCCGGCGCGAGCGCGUGCUCAGCGUCACCGGCCUGGAGUUCUCGGACACACGGCUGUCCAACCUGGUGCAGACCCCGCGGAUCGUGCGGAAGCUCUCGUGGGUGGAGAACCUGUGGCCGGGGGAAUCGGCGCGGGAGCGGCCGAGCGUGCAGAAGUUCUGCCUGAUGGGGGCCAAGGACAGCUACAGCGACUUCCACAUCGACGCGGGGGGCACCUCGGCCUGGUACCACGUGCUCAAGGGUGAGCAGAUCUUUUACCUGGCGCGUCCCUCGGCCGCCAACCUGGCGCUGUUCGAGGCCUGGAGCAGCUCCCGGAACCAGCCCGAGCUCUUCUUCGGGGACCAGGUGGAUCGGUGCUUCCGGUGCCACCUGCGCCAGGGCCAGACCCUUUUCAUCCCCACAGGCUGGAUCCACGCCGUGCUGACCCCCGUGGACUCGCUGGCUUUUGGGGGGCACUUCCUGCACAGCCUCAACAUCGGCAUGCAGCUCCGGGCGUACGAGCUGCAGCGCCGCCUCAACACCCCCGACCUGGCCAAAUUCCCCAAUUUUGAAACCGUCUGCUGGUACGUGGGGAGGCACCUGCUGGACACCUUCCGAGGGCUGAGGGAGAACCGCCGGCACCCCGCGGCCUAUUUGGUGCUGGGAGCCCGAGCCCUGACCGGGGCCUUCCGAGCCUGGACCCGCCGAGAGGUCCUGGCAGAGCACGAGCAGGAGAUCCCCGAGACCGUCCGGCCGGGGCAGCUGAUCAAGGAACUGGGCAGGGAGAUCCGGCUGGCAGAGGAGCUGUUCCAGCAGAGCACGGGGAUGUCGGGGACCCCCUUUGGGCCCCCCUGGGGGGUCCCAGGCCCCAAAAAGGGGGGGGCCCCGCAAGCCGCCCCCCAACUCCCCGCACUCACGACGAUGGGGGGACCCUGAACCCCCCCCCAGCACCCCAAGAGGAGGAUGAGGAGGUUGAUCCCCCCAGCUCCAGCCCGGAGGAGACAGACCCCGACUCCGAGGGGGACCCCCAGAUCCUGCUGGCCAAUGGGGGGUCUCGCUCCCCCCUGGACCUGGACUCGGAGGAGGAGCUGCAGAUCGACGAGACCCCCCCGCGGCGGGGCCCGCGCCG